AUGUGUUGUGUUGACCUGAGUCCUCUUGUGCAGAUGUGUUGUGUUGACCUGAGUCCUCUUGUGCAGGUGUGUUGUGUUGACCUGAGUCCUCUUGUGGAGGUGCGUCGUGUUGACCUGAGUCCUCUUGUGGAGGAGAAUGAGUUUGUGCUUCUGGUGUUGGAAGAACUGGAGGCGCUUGACCAGAAGGACCACGCAGACAGGCUGCUGCUGUUCCCCCCUCUGCCCUCCAGGCUGCGUUAUCUCACCCACAGGACGGUGGAGGAGUGUCCUCAGCUCUGCUCCUUCUCUGUGGGGGAGGGGGUCCUCCGCAGGGUCCUGGUCUGCUCCUGGCUCCUCCGGGCUGAAUUAAAACCGGACGACAACGUGGAGAGCUGCGGUGUUAGCCCCAACGUCAAAGGAACAAAACUACAGCUCAAAAACAACUCGACAAAGAAGAGUUGGAAAAGACCCGACCGGCCUCUGUACCAGCCCAGAGCUGCACGGGAGAGACCCAUAGCCUCGAACAAGGACCUGAAGAAGACCGAGCAGCUAAAGCAGGCUAACAAUGAGCUAACGGAGAGUGAAAGGCUCACUGCCCCGAACAAGGAGCUAACAAAGGGUGAGAGGCAAACGCAGGAUAUUGAGUACUUGGCGAAGAGUGAGAAGUUAACGCAGGCUAACGAGGGGCUAAGGGAGAUAAUAGAUGUGCCGCUUACAAAGGAGAGGCUAACGCACACUGGCACCAACAUUACAGAAGAAGGAGAUCCAGUGGACGUUCAACUAAACCGCGACUCGGACGCUAUGUCAACUUGUGGAGACAGAGAGCACACUGACGAUUCUGCAAACUCAUCUUGUGACACACUGCAGAUGGAAGCGGAGGUCUGGGACGAGUACAGCUUGUGUAUGCCAGGCAACAAAAAAGGUUCAACCGUGAAAUCUUCUGCUGAGGUCACUGUGCUGUCUGAGUUUGUGUAUUUGAGGUGUGGGGAUGCAAGUGUGGAAGAAGCAGCAACGGCCGUCUCAGAGGGCCUGGACUUGGGCACUGAGGAAGUCUGUGAGGAGGUUCGGCCCUUGCUCAGACCUGGCUCAUCCUUUCGUCUCGUUUUGGUAAAAAACGACUUUUCGUCUUUUGGGUUAGUUUCGACGUCAACCGAAGAGUUCAACCACGUCAUCGAGAUCCAUGAUUUCCCCGCGAUCUUCACCACUGAGGAUCUGAAAGAUGCUCUCUGCCAGUACAGUGCUUCUGGAAUGAAGAUCAUGUGGGUGGAUGACACCCAUGCUCUGGCAGUGUUCUCCAAUGAAGCUGCAGCUCUAGAGGCCCUGUCUAUCACUCACCCGCUACUGAAGACCCGUCCCCUGUCCCAGGCCAGCAAGAAGAGCAAGGGGAAGGCCCUCCGCCGAUCAGAGUUCUUGCUGCCGAUGAAGCCGCGUCCACGCACAGAUGCUGCGGUUGCACAGAGGAUGGUCUCCCGAGCGCUGGGGCUGACGGGGCGUGACCAGAGAGUGGGAAAAUUGAGCCCCUUGUGA